AUGAAGUGCAAUGAAAACGUAUUGGAGUUUGGAACCGUGAUGAAUAAAGUGCCUCAAGACAUAGAUCAUCCGAUAGGCUGGAAAUUGAAGGAUAUCAGGAACAGAGUCUCCACAAUUGAGAUGGCUUGGAUGAGCGAGAAGAAAUUGGGAAGGGGAAUCGUGAGGAGAUGUCAGCUACAGAUCAAGUGGACUUACCCGCCGGAGAGUUGGGUGAAAGUAAACACCGAUGGGUCUUACGACCCGGAAACGGGGGAGACAAGAGCAGGGGGUCUAGUAAGAACUGAGCUGGGCGGUUGGAUUAGGGGAUUCACAAUGCGGAUUGGGUUUACUUCCAUAACGGGGGCGGAGCUUUGGGGGAUAUGGCAAGGGCUUGCUGUGGCAUGGGAUUUGGGGGAGAAGAAAGUGAUUGCCGAGACGGAUAGUACUGCGGCGGGUAGCAGGACGGCGGUGGACACGCUUGAAUAUCUUGUCCCUGAAGUUCUCAAACUCGCCGGUAAUGUCUACCGUGAUCAUGGGUCUACACAAAUUACUCCAAAUUACAUUAAUCUUGCAAUUCGCACUGACGAAGAGUUUAAUCAACUCCUUCCCAACGUCAUUAUUCUGGGAGGGGGUACAAUACCGCAUAUCCACCCUGCUUUACUGAGGGAGGCGGCAGCCGGACCAAAGGUGGCGGAUACGGGUGGAGUGCAAGCCACAAAUCAACAAGCGGCGGAGAAUGUACAAGACAAACAUGGUGCAGAGGAGGUUCAACCUCAAGAACCAGAAGCCAAGAAUGUUCAAGAACCCGUAGCGGUCGUCGUUCAAGAAAAACAGGGGGAAGAUGAAGAGGAGGAGAACGUUCAAGAUGAGGAGGAGGACGAUGAUGGAAAUGGGAGUGGAGAGGAUAACGAUGAUGACAAUGGAGAUGAUCUGAUAAUGGUGGUGGGAUGA